UGUUUGACAGUCACAGUUCGCAAUAUUGUUAUUUAUCCGAAAGCGAUUAAAUAUCUUAAUUUUCAUGGUGAAUUAGCAUAAAUUUAAUGAUUGAUUUAAUUGGCUACUUAUUUUUUAUAUCUUCCGGACAUAUCUGUCUGUAACUUGCUCAUGAAGCGAGCAUUUUGUGUCUUUGCUUCGGCGUUGAAUGACCAAAGUUUAAAGCUUGCGAACAACAUGAAAUUAAUAAGUGAUUUUAAGGAGUGGAAGUUCAGGAGUCCUCCUAGCUAUGCUAAACUUCCUAUCGAUGAGAAUCCUGAGUACAAUGUUCCUGUCGCCGUAAAAAAUGCUGUGUUCUCUAAGGUACCAGUAGAGCCGUUAACAGGCGCCCUGCAUCUGGUUUGUGUGUCGGGGGAUGCUCUACAGGAUCUGUUUGACCUGGACCCAAAGGUGGCAGACUCCGAAGAGUUUAUACACUUUGUGGCUGGACGAUACCUGCCAGAAGGAGGGUUGACUGUUUCACAUAGAUACGGAGGGUAUCAGUUUGGGUACUGGGCUGAUCAGCUGGGAGAUGGCAGAGCUCAUAUUCUAGGAGAAUAUGUUAACAGUAAAGGCGAAAUAUGGCAACCGCAACUCAAGGGAUCAGGGGAGACCCCAUACUCCAGGUUCGGUGACGGUCGUGCAGUGCUGCGCUCCUCCAUCAGAGAGAUGGUGGCAUCAGAGGCUUGUCACUACCUGGGCAUCCCUACCACCCGGGCAGCCGCGCUGGUAGUAAGCGACGACCACAAGGUCUGGCGAGACAAGACAUACAGUGGCAACGCGAAGCAAGAACGCGCAGCCAUAGUGAUGCGCGUAGCCAACUGCUGGUACCGGCUAGGGUCACUGGAGAUACUGCUCAAGAGGGCCGAGCCCAGCACUAUGAGGACGCUGGUUGAUUUCAUUAUUGAGCACCAUUUCCCAGAGGUCCAUUCGUCUUCCGAUGAUAAAUAUGUGAAGUGGUACACCGAAGUGGCACAUAGAAACUUAGAUAUGGUUGCAACCUGGCAAGGCUUCGGUUUCACCCACGGCGUGUUAAACACAGACAACGUGAGCAUACUGGGAGUGACCAUAGACUAUGGUCCUUAUGGGUUCAUUGACCACUACUAUCACCAUUACGUGCCGAACUCUUCGGAUGAUAUGGGCCGAUACGCUUACAACAGGCAACCUGAUAUACUAGUAUGGAACUUGGAGAAAUUCGCAGAAGCUCUGGAACUCAUACUGUCUGAAGAACAGAAGGAGCAAAUCAAAGCGGUCAGGAGUACAUUAGGAGAAUACGUAAAGAAGAAAGUUUUGUCGACAUACUUAUUGAAACUCGGCCUGAAACAAACCCAGGAUGGUGAUGAGGACUUCGUGCAAGAGCUGCUGCAAACUAUGCAGGACACUACUGCAGACUUCACAUGCACUUUUAGACAAAUGGCUGAGGUGGACCCCAAAGAAUUGUUGGACAAGUCUGUGCUGGAGAAGAAGUGGUCUUUAGACAAAUUGCUUGCCGCAGGUGCCAAAUGGGAAGCCUGGGUGAAGAAAUACCAGGACAGAUUGACUGUCGAAGGAGUGAGUGAAGACGAACGUCGCGCGCGCAUGCUCGCAGUCAACCCUGCGUACGUGGCUCGUAACUGGAUUAUGCAGGAGGCGAUCGCCGACGCCGAGAAGAACGACUUUGAAAAGGUGCGAUUCCUAAUGAAAGUGCUGAGGAAGCCGUUUGAAGUGGACGAGGAGGCAGAGAAGCGAGGGUACUCCUCGCAGCCCCCCAGCUGGUCGUACGGACUCAAGCUUAGCUGCUCCAGCUAAUACAAAUACGCACUCCAUUCAAAAUUAAAAAGUUAGGCUCUUGUAGGUGUAGCCAUUGAUGUGCCCUGGGAAUGUUCCCACUUUGGAACGUUUCCGGCAGUUAAAAGACGCAAAACGUAUGUAAGAGAUUUAUUACCUAAUGUUUAGGCAGAUAGGAUCAGAGUACAAGAAAGAACAAUUUUAAAGGGAAAAGCAGCCAGUGUCAUAACUAUUAAAGAGUUUUUACAACGGGAAUAUUUCCGCUUUGGGAAUAUUCCCGGGAACGGCACAUCACUGGUAUGUUUUUUAUCCACGUAGCUGUAGAUAGCAUUCGCUUCGUUUGUCGAUACCCUCGAUAUAAUGAGGAUAAAAACUGCCUAUUCUCCCAUCAGGUGAAGCUACUGUCGAAUGUUCUUCAAUUUUGACAUUUCCCUGUACUAUUGCAGUAAACAAACAUAAUUGUUUUGGUUAUAUUUUUACACUAUAAUCCUUUGCGCUUCGUUUAACUGCAAAAUCAUAGUGUUAUAUUUGUUCCCUAAAGAUCAGAAAGAAAAAUCUUAGAAACUUAUUUUCAGUCAAUACUGCCCUUUUCUGCGCAGGACCGAUCGUCGUGGAGAUCCUUGGGGGAGGCCUAUGCCCAACAGUGGGCGUCGUACGGCUGAUGAUGAUGACUGCCCUUUUCUAACUGAUGGCUUUUCUUUUUCGUAACUCAUACUUCAGACGGGGUACAGUCCACGUUGCUCCACAUUUUAUAGCAAUUUAUCACGAAUUUUAGCUAGACAGUAUGGAUAACUCAAAAUUUGUGCCGAGGUUUUUUUUGCAGCUUCUUUUCCCCGGCUAUACAGGUUGUGAGAAGCUGCAGUAGUUUUAGGCGGAUGAGA